CCAUUAUUUUAUUAUUAUUAUUUUCAUCAAAAGUAUGGCAGCCAAAGACUAUCGUUAUGUCGUUUUGGGUGGUGGUGUAGCUGCGGGUUAUGCUGCUCGUGCCUUUGUAGAGAAAGGACUAGGCAAAGGUGAACUUGCUAUUAUUUCAGAAGAAUCCGUCGCUCCAUAUGAAAGACCUGCACUUUCAAAAGGUUUCCUUAUGGGAAACCCUCCUGCAAGACUUCCAGGUUUUCACACCUGUGUGGGUUCAGGUGGAGAACGCUUGUCACCAGAAUGGUACACUGAACACGGUAUCGACUUGUUACUUUCCAAGACAGUAACACAAGUCGAUCCUGCAACAAAGACCUUGAAGCUUGUUUCAGGAGAGACUGUCCAAUAUGAUAAGUUGUUUGUUGCAACGGGCUCUUCAGCAGUAACAUUCAGUGAUCUUGGGUUUUCUGGUGCAGACUAUAGAGGCAUUUAUUGUCUCCGCAACAUACAAGAUGCUCAGAAACUUUACGAUGCUAUUCAAGCACACAAAGGAAAGGAAGCUGUUGUGAUUGGCGGUGGAUAUAUUGGAAUGGAAGUGGCUGCAGCUCUUGUACAAAAUCAAGUCUCCUGUACAAUGGUUUUUCCCGAAGCACAUAUGAUGGAGCGACUUUUUACUCCAGAGAUUGCCCAAUUUUAUGAAGACUUUUAUCGAAGACAAGGAGUAAAGAUCCUUAAGGGGCCUUCUUGUAAGUCAUUUGUUGGAAAUGAGAACGGUCAUGUGACUGGAGUGGUUUUGACGAAUGGUACAGAACUCAAAAGUGAAUUGGUGGUCGUUGGUAUUGGUGCAAAGCCAAAUACGAAACUUUUGGAACCUUUUUUGAAAAUGGAACAACGAGGUUUCUUAGUGAAUGGCCAACUACAGACGAGUGACUCCAACAUUUUUGCUAUUGGUGAUGUUGCUACAUUUCCUUUGAAAAUGUAUGACAAUCGUCUCGCAAGAGUGGAACAUGUUGGAAAUGCCAGACAAAUGGCUAUGCAUGCAGUUGAUGUUGUUUUUGGUUCGCAAAAGGCUUACGAUUAUUUGCCCUUUUUCUAUUCAAGAGUCUUUGAUAAAAGUUGGAAGUUUUAUGGAGAUACUCCAAAGGAUGCCACUUGUUUAGUAUUUGGAGAAAUGAAUCCAAAGUUAUUUGCUGUUUGGGUAAGAACAAAUGGUCAAGUCGUUGGAACUUUUACAGAAAGUGCUACACCGGAGGAAGAAAAGAAGAUCGAACGGAUUGCUAGAGAGCGUCCCACCGUAGAUAUUUCCAAGUUGAAAGCUUGUCAUACUGCGGAAGAAGGUCUGAAUUUUUUUUCCUAAUGGACCAUCGAUCCUUUCCAUCUUUUAUGUAAAGGAAUUUUGGUGAUGUCGUAUGUGAAUGUGUGUGCGUCUAAAAGAGAGAUAGAGAGAAGUUAUCUCUCAUAUAGUUGGUGUUUGUGUUUCAUAAAAACGUGUGUUCGAUUGAUUCAGCUUCUG